UUCACCUGCUUCUUUCUCCAUCUCUAAUCCCAGUAUCCCCACAUCCAGCGCCGCUUUCCUCGCCGUCGCUUUCCGCUUCGCCAUGAACGUCGCAAUGCUUCCGUCGCUGGACGCACACGGGCGACUAGCCGCACCCCGCAGCGCUACACCACUCACAACCGGCACUAAUCUACACACCGCGAUCCCCAAGCGAUCUUCCUCGCCUCAUGCCAUUCCCUUUCAGGGCGCGUCUGGUCCAAAUCGCUAUGUUUCCCGCGCACAUGCGCGCCCGCGGGGAAGCCCCGGGAGGCGCACGGCGGCGGCCGUUUGGGGCGCGGGGGGAGGGGGGAGCAGGCGGCUGCAGGACGACCCGCUGCUGAACGACCUGGCGGAAUUCGUGCUGGAAACGGCGGAGAGCAUCGCCAUCGAGACUGGGGAGAUCAUUCGGAAGCGAAUAAAGCAAAUAAAGACGGUGGAGCGCAAGGAGUAUGCGUGCGACUUGGUGACGGAGGUGGACAAGGAGUGCGAGCGAUACAUCUCCAAUGUAGUGCAGUCCACGUUCCCCCUGCACCGCAUCAUAGGCGAGGAGACAGCCACAGAGGCGGACAUGGCAUGGCUGCAGCAGGGAGCCAGCCCUGCUGCUGCUGACGCUGAUAACGGCGCUGCUGGCGCUUCAACAGCCAUGAACGAGUGGGCAUGGAUUGUGGACCCCAUAGAUGGAACACUCAAUUUUGUGGGCGAGAUCCCUAUGUGCGCUGUGUCGCUAGGCGUGGCGCGCCAUGGGCGCAUGGAGGUGGGCGUGGUGUACAACCCCUUCGCCAACGAGCUCUUCAGCUGCCGGCGGGGGGAAGGCGCGUACCUGAAUGGCAGCCGCAUUGCCAUCCCUAACGUGCCCACCGCCAUUGGUGAUGCCGCCAUUGCUGUGGGCUUCCCAUCCAAUCCAUCGCAGCGGCAGCGCAUGGUGGAAGCGGUGGCAGCAGUGGCGCCGCAUGCCAGAACUAUGAGGGCGUUUGGAUCCGCGGCUCUGCACAUGAGCUACGUGGCCGCAGGUCGCCUCGGUGCUUUCUUUGAGGAGGGGCUCAAGCCAUGGGAUGUGGCAGCGGCUCACCUGCUUGUAGAGGAGGCGGGUGGCGUGGUAACCAGCAUGACUGGGGAGCCGCUCCUGCUGAGGGGGGGGUCCGUUCUGGCGACAAGUGGGGGGCAGCAACUGCACUCACACAUCCUCUCUCUCAUUGGUAAAGAGGAGGUGUGAGGCUGGAGGGAAGGCAAGGGAGGAAAGACUGUCAGAGUAGUAUUGUGGCAGUCAAGUGGUGGAGAGAAGGAUACUGCUAAUUCCUGUGUUGUUUUGAGGACUGUCAUUGGCUAUGAAAUGAUAAUACUUGUGAGUGGAAAAAUGUUGCUCGGUGCUCUAAUUCCGUAAGCACCUUUGAACGUAU